AUCAAAUCAUCACUAAGCACGGCCGUCGGCAGUGCAGAGGAACCUCUUUUUUUGUAUCCUUUUCUUUUUUCAUAUAUAUUUUUUUGUAACCACUGCAAGUGUAGUGUUUAUCACAACAUAACAAGAGUCGAAUUUUUGUGAGAUCAUUCGAAUCAAGUAGCAACUAAGGGAUAUAGAACAUUUCGUUAAUAUAACAAGAGCUCGCUAUAAAUCAAAAGUGAGUGAUACGGAUUUUUCACUCGUCAUUGGUUUAAGGAAAUACAAACUAAAAUGUACAUAACUUAACUAAGUAGUAUGUGUUAAUGACGGAAAAAUCGUUAUUCAAUUUAAUCUUGCACCUAAACGCAUCUCUCACAUAAACCUCUUCUACAGGCUUGUGUCGCCUCAGGUGUUUGAUAUUAAAACAAGCAAAAGUAUUCAUUAAUAUAUGCCUUAAUGUUGCAAAAAACAAAAAAAAAGGUCCUUGUUCCUAACUGCUUUUCAAACAUUUUAGCGCAUUUCAGCAAGUAGUUAUUUUGUAUUUUAAUGACAAGGUUGAUUUUUUCCGACUCAGUCUUUCACUUCAGUACUGCUUAAAAAGAUACUAGGCGUCUAUCACGACUCGUAUUGGGGCAGUUUAUUGAAGCGUGUCCAUUGCAACCAAAUUCGGUCUUCAAGGCAGAACUGUAGCAUGACCACGAUAGUUAUAUUAUUUACGUCUUUUUAGUUCAGCAAGAACAUUUGAGUUAAAAAAAAUAGCUCCAUUUUAUCUAAGAUGUAACGGUAUAUUGUAAACUGCAUUUAACAUAGUCUGAGAUCAGACUGACGCACGUCGUGGCAGCUAACCCAUAUAUAAUCAAAAUUUGUUAAAUUUAUUCCCAAUAUAAUAAGAUGCCUUUUCUCGGUAAUUAAUUAUUAAAUGCAAAAAAUAUAUAAGUAACUCUUUUCAAUAGUUCUCGGAUGGCUCGUUUAAAUGGCUAUUUGUCCCUUUUUAUGUUGUACAGGAAGGUCUAAAGAUGCGAAUUUUGGCCGACCUACGGCUGCACUAUCAAUGCUAUUUCACGGCACAUUUCCCUCAUUUCCUAGCACUAUAGCAACCAGACUUUGGGCUUAAUGUAUCUGACAUUAUGAGACGAUGAGUCAUGGUAUAUACAAGGUUUACUUGUAUAGUAUGUAAAAACAAACGUUAAGAGCUUAACGUGGAUUUGUUGCAUUUAUCAAGAGUUGGAAUUACUGAUAGGAACUCUACAUAGUAAAUCACCCACAGUAUAGGCAAACCCGACCCGUGGCAGUCAGAACAAGCACUGUCGUUAGUUAUCGGUCGUUCUGUGCUGCAGAACGAACGCGUUCCCGAUGUUGCUUUGCUAUCGUCAUAAAGAAACUGCGUAACAUCCAAGGAGCGGCACAGAUAAUCUAAAUGACUGUUAUACUAAAAGUGGUCAUUUGACUUGUUAUAACUAAAAUUAACGAUAUGUGAUGAUAUUAAUAAAAAUAUGACAUACAAUACCAGUUGAAAUUUGUUUCUAUUAUUACGCCAGCAGGUAUUUAAACUUAUGAAUCAAACGCGUCAAAAUUUUGAAAGUGAUUGGUUAUUUAUAUUUCUACUGACAUAGCCUAAAUUCGGUUCUCAGCUAAAUCCAGGAUUUCUAAUAAUGCUACAGUUGUAUUUUUUAAAUCAGAAAUAUAUGUUUUAUACUAUACAUUUGUUAAAAUCCUCACUUUGAAGCCAAAAUUGAGUUUGGUGUCUUUAAAAUAUCCGCAUUGUAGAUAGCCUCACAUAUUUUCGCAAGUUACGAUAACUGAUGUUAUCUUUAUGUCGUUAUUUAGUUCCCAACUCCGGUCUACGGUGGCAGCCUGGAUAUUUGAGUAUCGUACACAUUGCUGCGUAGAAUUCUAUCAUUUUUAUUCACACCAACUGAAGUUUUUUUUGCUGGGUGCGUAAAGAAUUGAUUGUAAAUUCGUAAAAAAAAUGUGAAGUAAAUAGAAAUUCAGAACGAAUAGUGAUGAAUAUUUAGUACGUUGUAAUCGAAUUUUCGUCCUAUUUUAACUAUCAUAUUAUAAAAGCCCUGACUGAAUGCUUACAAAAGAGAUUUCUCUGCAUUUUCUGCAUCCCCGUAUUGGUUCUGCUUCCUAAUAGUUUGGACAGCACUGUUCCUGACACAAAAAUUUAGCUUUCGGUAAUUUGGGCUUCACUAAAAACAUCUUAUUUAUUAUUCGUGAGCAGUGUAAGCAUAAAAGAAACAUUUGUUACGAUGAACUUGUUUUCGCCCGGGUUGUUUUUGGCCUUCCGAGCAGACGGCAAUUGCGUCAUAGAAGUACUUGUUUACGCUUGGCUCCUGUGUGGGAUAUGUGAGCACUAUUUGCCAUUUUUUCUGUGCGCAGUUGUCAGAAGGAGUUCGAUCGAUCAUUUGUGAUUACUUUGUUAACGCAAUUAACCACGAACGCAAUGGAAGACACUAAGUACGACGGAGUGCUGUUAGAUGUACUCAGCAGUUGUGGAAGACCUGAACGAUUUCUGGAUAUAGUGUUUGGAUUUCUGUACCGCAGAACGGAUUUUUAUCGAAUAAUCGAUUCUACGCAAGCAACUAAGGGAUUUCCUCCUGGCUACGCAAAUAAGGUGGCAUAUCAAGCGUUCGAAAAGUACCAGAAAAGAGCGACCAGUGACACCGCUAAGAAAGAUGCUCUGGAAUUGGUCGCGAAGCCUGCGCCUCCCGUUUCAGCCGGCAUCCGUGAAGAAAUGGUGGACAUUGGCGGUGAGCAGAUGACUCUGCAGCGUUGUGAAGAUGAAAUUGUUGUUCAAGCUGAUGGGGUUAGGUCCAAAAAAGGAAUGGCCAAUUUUGUUGCAGGGAAUGCGCCACACGACAGUUCGGACUCAUUCAAUGGUGCUGCUCGCGAUAACUACAGUUGGACUCAGAGUCAUGACGACAUUGACGUUAGAGUGAAAAUUACGAAGGACCAUCGAAAGUUUGCUGUCAGUUGUCCCGAAGGAAUGAAACUUAAAGUAACUGCCUAUGAAAAAGAUGUUCCAGUAACACUUGUCGAGGGGGAUCUUUCACACAAAAUUAAAGAAUCUGAAAUGGUAUGGACCUCGUCCCCUGGAGAAUUCAUUCAUAUUUCGUUGGAAAAAAUUGGUAGUAAGUGGUGGGACAGCUUAUUAACAAACGAAGUAAAAAUUAGCUUGAACGAACUGGAGGUAACAAAACCAUUUGAUGAAUUGGAUUCCGAAGAGCAGAUGAAGAUUCGACAACUUCAGCAGGAGCACCUCGACAAGUUAAAAGGAACUAGAGAGACCAAAAAACAGAAUAUUGAAGAAAUGUUAAAAAAAGCAUGGAACGCCGAAGGCUCUCCGUUCAAAGGAACUCCAUACGAUCCUUCCAUGGUAAACAUGAAUAAUGUUUAUCUAAGUUGAAUUGUACAAGGCACAAAACUCCUGGUAAGUCCCGAAUUCAUUUUAAGUGGCUUAAUUACCAAAAAGAUAUUUUUCAAGUUCCAUAUUUGAAACAAUUUUAGCAUUCCAUUAAACGAACAACUUUCAUCUCCAAGAAACGAUUGUUUUCCGUAUUUAGAGCCGAUAUUCGUAGGUGCCUAAGUAUCGCAAAGAUGUUGUCAUUGUGUUUUUGCGGAAACUUGUAGUUACUCAGCUAUGGCUAAAGCGUCUACUUCAACAGCGCAGGUAUUUCGCCGGGUACACGAGUCGUCCGUUAGCGUUGUGCUGUUUCCGAGGGCAGAACUAUAACUAUUAUUGCCGUGUCGCAUUAUUAUUAUUAAUAAAGUAAAAGUUAUUAAGUUAGACAGAUGGAAAGAUCUACAGAGGCGCCGACAGCAUCAUCAGAAUAUAGAAUAUCUUGCCCGAGGUUUGAAUAUGCCCAGUCCGGUCAUAUAAGUCACCACCAAUUUUGCAACCAUGUUGUUGGUAUAAAUUCUGAAGGAAUAUAUACGAGGUCAUACAAAAAGGAAGAGCCUAACUAGCAGAUAUAGAAUUUUCCAACUGGAUCUAAUAGAAAUUACUGCCAUUUAUUUAAUGAAAAAACGCCACUUCGUGUUUGGUAACUGUCUACUUGAUAAGAAAUAAUUAUAGUUCAAAUUUUUUUUUAGACGUUGCUAGAGGAGGACACAACGGACAAUUAUAUUUAGUAUAGUUGGAAUUCCUUAGAGAUUUUCUUUACCUGUUACCUCUGAAACCUGUUAAAGUAUAUUUCGAAAAUGCGUUCCCUCAGUUAGCUAAGGUCUACUCCGAAUAUAUUUUAUACCAAAAAUUGUAACAUCUUCAUUUUCAAUUAAGAAUUGAAAAAUUGAAAGAAAACUGACAGAGAAUUAUAAUAGAACUGAACUUAUGAACUGAUCAUUAUAUCGCGAUUACAUAAAUCACUAAGCUAAGUCAACCCACAACAAUUUAUCUAACUAUGAGGAGCGUGGAAGUUGAUGACUAACAAAAAACGAACGAAGUUGGAAACAAAUAAUGAAUCCAUUCUUGUAGAUGUUUGUUAUAAUUAAUUAAUUUGGCCAUUUGGCAUUUAUGUAGGCGCUCAAAAUCAUUAUAUGUCACCUCUGAUUUGCGUACUGGCAAAAAUGCCCUCUAAACGGCUCGAAACGACGUAGGUGGCACCCCAGUGACACCACGGUAGCGAACUUAAUGCAACAAAUGACGAUACGUUAAUGUUCAAAAGCUGGUCAAUAGCUCAUUUUUCAAAAUUACU